AUGCCGUACCAGAAGUUUCCUUGGAAACUUUGUCAGUUGGCAGACCCUAGGGUGAGCUUGCCAGAUCGCAAGAAAGUGGCUGAAGAAUUUGUUUCUGCAGAGCUGGACACCCUAGACUUGAGAUUCUCAAGGCGGCUGAGGGCGUUGAUUGCAGAUCCAGCUGAUAUUCUUCCUGGCGGGAAGCGUUUUGCUGCCAUCGAUGGGCUGACAAUGACAAAAUGUCAGAAUGUGCAAAUUGAAGAUAAUUUCGCCAGAGCGGUUUGCAUGCGGAAAGCAGGCAACGGCAAGUCUUACCUUCAAUCCAGUGGGGUAAGCAAGCACAUAUUGGCUGAGCUGAAAGCCGCUCACAGACAAUCCUUUGGUUUGAAGACUGCUGUUCGGAAGUCAUGCUUGAAACAGUCGCGUAAACCUCAGAAACUCAGACUCAUACCUCAGCAUGAUUUCAAGCAGCUAGGGCUCGACUUGAAGAAGCCAGAAGCAUUGAAUCUGUUCAGUGAAGAAUCAGCGGCUGUCAGCAGUUCCUCCUCUUCCUCCUUGCAGUUUGCUGUGCUGAAUGGCCCUGCUGCAGUGCCUUUGACCGGGUCGUCUUCGUCUUCACUUUUGCAACGAAUGGGAGACUUGGAGCAACAGGUGAUGAGCACAAUUUCUGGAUGUCCUUUGCAACCAGUGGCCACUUUGUCAAGCACCUUAGCAGACGAUUGUCAGGAGGAAAAAAAGCGGGUCAAACUGUUCAAUGGAUGGACUUUGUAUCGCUCGCAAGUUUUGGAGCAAUCACACCAGCUUCCUGGCGAAUCAGCCCGUGACAGAGACAAUGAGCAGCUUCGCGAAAGUAUGAGGCUCAAAGCUGUGGAGAUGAACAAGAAGCGUGAAGGCUCAAUGUAUCAGAGAAGUGCCUCCAGCAGCAAUUUGAAUUCUGACCAAGCGGAUGAGGGAAGUCACAGAGGCUUGCUCGCAACAACCGGUGACAAUGACUAUCCGCUUGGGGUUUCCUUGAUCACUGCUGUUCAUUCGAUUAAGAACUUUGUGAAGAGGGCCGACGACAUUUGGAGAGCUAACUUCAGCUCAGUGAUUGGAAAGGUCAGUUUGCCAAGAUUGCCUUCAGAUAGCAAGCCUGUGAGUCAUGAGGCUGGAGCGAUUGAGACUCUUGUCUCAGGUCUGUUGAGCAACCUUGUUAGAUUAAUGAAGCAACAGGCCAAGACUGCUGGACCUGCCAUUACAAGCCAGAGUUGUCACACCGUUCUUUUGGUCCAACCUGAUGAUGGUGGGAAGCAAUUGGCCUGGAUUAUUGUCAGGGCGACAUUCAGGCCUUUCUAUUUUUGGUGCAUGCGGCUGGAAUUGCGAGAGACUUUGGAUAAUGUUGGCAUGGGUGCCUCUUUGCAAAUGGUCAACGCAACUGACAAGGUAUGCUUGCCUUUGAUAGACAGCAUGGACUCAAUCAAGCGUAUGAUCGUGCGAGAAGUUGCUGCUGAGGAGGUGGACAUGCUAUCUUAUAUGCUACCAACUUAUGAUUUAGAUUGGAUGCAGCCAUUGCAGAACAUUUUGCUGCGCACAGAUGAGUCUUCUUGGACAGGAUGGAAUCAGGAGGAUGCUGCUGGAGCACUGUUGAAUCCAGACAACAGCGACGGCGACUCCGAAGCGUCUGGUGGGGAGGAGCCUGAGGAGAACAAGGGCGAAGCACAGCUUCAGCAGUCAGCCAAGCGGCUGCCCUAUUCAGCUGAGGUUAAGAUGGGGGAAUGGCUGUUGGCAGGGAAAUUGCGAUUUGCCGAGAAAGAUGCAGGACCAGCUCACAAACAAAUGUUCAAUGUUGGUAGCGGCGCAUGCUUUAACGAAGCCUUCUAUGUCCGUCUUUUGACCUUCCUUUGCUUGGAUGACCUACGUUGGCAGAGAUGGCGUCAAAUGAACUCAACAACCUAUCAGAUGGCAAAAGCCAACAUCUCCAAGUACGACGAUUUCUAUUGUGAUCAGGUGGUGCAGGUGCUUCAACGGUUGUUGCGAAGCAUUCCUGAUGCCAAGGUCUCACUUGACCUUGAAUCCAAUGAGAUGAAGCCGCUCUACACCUUUGUGGCAGAGAUGGUUGAAACUCUACCAGUAGAGCCAUUGAAGCUAGACUUUGGCGCCCUGAAGUCAUUGCUGGAGUCUCCGAAGGUACUACCAGAUGCUGUCACUCAGGCAGCUGCAGCGUUUGAUCACUCAGAUGGUCAUCACAAUGUCUUCAAGACAUUUCUGUCUGUGAAGCAAGGACCUACCAUUUUGGAGUUGGCCGUGCAAAAAGCCAAGGACCGUGCUGGGACUAUGAAACACCUCACAGACCUUAGUGAUCUGAGAGAAGAACUCUGCAAGCUAGAGAAGGCCCAAGCAAAGGAUGACUGGUUUGGGACUGAGGCAGUUGUGCAAAUCAAGAACUGCGUGGAAAAAUGCGAGAACUUGUCCAAUGACAUUGAUAGUGGUGAUCCACAAUUCGAGUUUGUCGGGAGCAACACCAAGCAAAUCCUGGAACUCUUGCAGAGGUCAUUGAGUGCGCAUGUGGACACAGAGCUAAGUCCUUGGAUCAAGAGUGCUGCUGAAAACGUGUCUGCUUGUUCACUCCUUCCGCAAGUUCCUGAUUUUGCGAUCAUGUCGCUUCGCAAAGUUCCAUCGUCCUUCCAGAAGAGCCCUGUGGUCAUUCAUGUGCACAGUUUGGCCAUGUGGUAUGAUUCUUUGACAAAGCUUUCAGAAACUUCUUCCAGAGUGAAAGACAGAAGCAUCGACGCUGGUGCUGCAUGCACAGAAUUAGGGCAAAUCAAAAAGGAAGCUUCAAGGUUGAAAGUUGAGCGGGUGUUCAAUCCAUUGGCCAAAGCUUUGCAGUCGGUGUGGGAGGCCUUCUAUCAGGCAACCAUCAAAGAUGCUCUGCAUGAAGCUUCAAAGGUGAUUGCGCCGAGCAUUGUUGAGAAUGCAAAGUCAGACAAUGGCUGGUGUAUUCUUCCUGUUUCAACAGCUGAUGGCACAUCUUGCCUCAGAAAGUGUACAGAGGCUUCCUGGGUGGCAACCGGGCUGGACUGCGACAGCACCAGAAUCAAAAUGGUGGUGGAUGUGCUCUACUCGUGCGUCAAUGCUAUCCAGUGCCGCACAAACAAUGAGAACACUGGGUGUGCAUGUCACCUCUGGAAGCUUGCAAAGCACUUGAAGUGCAUCGAUGAUCCAGCUUCUGCGAUUCGUACCGGCAUUACCAUAGACUCUGACAAGAUUCGCUCUUCAGCGGAAGAAGUGUUCCAAGCAGCGUUUGAUUGCGAUGACUCUGGCGGUGUGACAAAGGACAUAUUGGUGCGUUUGGAGCAGGUCGGUUCACUGACCAGAGCGGAGUUUGCCAAAGCCUACAAGGAGGAUAAAAUGCCCAAACAAAAGAGCGAUUAUGGCAAUCCUCCGAGCGCAAAGAGGCAAAGGGCAUCCACACCGAGCAGCCCUACUUUGGAAGCUAUGUUUGGCAUGGCUGAUGCUGCCAAGAUCAGUGGCGCUGGUGCAAAAUCAGUGCCAUUGCCAGUGGCCAAGGACUAUUGA